AUGCCUCAGUUCCUGUUCACAAUCAACGUUUGCUCAUGCCGAAAUAGAGCCGGGGUUAUCGGCCUCCAAACCUCGCUGUCUCUACUAGAAGCUGGAUAUGAAGUGACCAUUGUGGCAGAGCACUUUCCAGGUGAUGUUGACGAUAUGUACACCUCGCCACGGGCAGGAGGCCAGUGGCGAUCGCAUGCUCUUCCGGGGCAGGAGCAAUGCGAAUGGGAUAUCCAAACUUUCAAGUGCUGGAAAGCGAUAGUUGAAGAAGAGGAGAAAACACCGGAUCUGCUUCUCGAAAGGAGGUCGGGCUUGGCGGGCUAUGAGUCGAACCUCUAUUGGGAUGAUCCAUCUCAUUCUCCGGAGAUACUUGCGACGAAAAAUCAGGAUCCAUCAAACCUGUGGUGGGCACCUUAUGUUCCAGGAUUCUCCAGACUCCAGACCCCAUUUCCUUCGGCAAAUAUUAAGGCAGGAGUAACAUACAAGUCAUUCUCGUUUGAUCCUCCGAGAUACAUCAAGUGGCUCUUUCGCCGCGUUCUUUUGCGGGGUAUUAAAACUGUUCAUACCAAACUCCCCACGAGCAAAGGACUGCCCCAUGCGUUACAUGUAGCGAGAGCGGCUGCUCUCGAGGAAUGCCGCCGUGAAGGCCGCCCAUUUAGUAUACCGGUCUUAUUCGUCAAUGCCACUGGCCUUGGUGCUCGAAACUUGGUUCCUGACGCUGCUGUUCACCCAGUUCGCGGCCAGACCCUCCUGGUUCGUGGCGAAGCACACAGGAUUUACACGCACGUUAUGUCUGCAGGCACACACCUUUCCAAUGAGCAGAUCGCAUAUGCGCUUCCGCGUAACGGCACCGGCACUUCAUUGGUGGGUGGCAGUAAGCAAGUGGGCGCUUGGGAUACUACGGAAGACGCGCAGCUUUCAGAAACCAUUCUUCAAUGGGCAAAGCGACUGGCGCCAGAGCUAUGUGGAGACAACGGUGAGUUGGACGUUCUCAGUGUGCAAGUUGGGUUGAGGCCGGGAAGAACAGGUGGUGCUCGGGUGGAGAAGGAGAUUCUGAAGGGAUGCGGAGAGGAUGGCGAUGAUUUGGUCAUCAUCCACUCAUAUGGCCAUGGCGGAAGCGGGUUUCAGAACAGCGUCGGAUCAGCCACAAAGGUGGUGAAUUUGGUUGAAGAGCAUUUAGACACACGGAAAUGAGGCGAGGGCUGCGUGGAAUCGAUCCGUCCAAGUUUUGAAAUGCCAUCAAUGCUUUGAACAAGUGAGGUAUUUCGUACAAUAGAAGCUAAGAGAUGGGACGAGACUGCAUGCAGCAGUUUUUCUUCCACUUUAGCGAG